AAAAUAUUGCUUUGUUGAAAUAUUAUAUUUUUAUAAUUAAACGCGAUGUCGCUUGAGCUUGAUUAUCAAUAGAAGUAGUAUAAUCAUUAAUGUCGAGCCGGUCGAGCCACAAGGAAUAGUUUUCUAACGAUUUUAUUUGAAAACGCUGAAUACGGUGGUGUGGCGCACAAAGCGCUGAAAACAUUUUUGUAAAAAAUAUUCGAGUAAAAACUUCAUGUUAGUUUGAAAAUAACCAAAGAAAUUUGUGUGUGUCAGGAACAUUUAGUAAACAAAACUUAUUCUGGUUUUUUAAGUGAAAUUAAAGUAUAUUACUACUUUAUUAACAAUGGACGAGGAGUAUGAGGAUGAGGGAUGGAUGGGACGCCACAGAGUAGGCGACGAAGAGCCCGAGGGACCAGAACACAUUGAAAAUCCUCAGGAAGUGCUCAAUGAGUGCCUGGAGAAAUUUUCCACCUCAGAUUAUAUCAUGGAGCCGGGUAUAUUUACCCAACUCAAAAGAUAUUUUCAAGCGGGCGGCACUCCUGAGCAGGUCAUCAAUCUCUUAUCUCACAAUUACACUGCGGUGGCUCAGAUGACCAAUCUCAUAGCUGAGUGGCUCAUAACAGCCGGAGUGAAGGUUGUGGAUGUCCAGGCUAUGGUGGAGAAUCACCUAAAAGACAUGAUUCUGAGGACUUUUGACCCAAAGAAGGCUGAUACGAUUUUCACAGAAGAGGGAGAGACACCAGCCUGGUUGACUGAAAUGAUUGAGCAUCCCACAUGGAGAUCGUUAAUUUAUCGCUUAGCUGAAGAGUAUCCUGACUGCCUUAUGCUGAACUUUACAAUAAAGCUGAUCUCAGAUGCUGGAUUCCAAAGUGAGAUCACAUCCAUUUCCACAGCAGCCCAGCAGAUUGAAGUGUUUUCACGUGUCCUAAAAACUGCCAUCACAAAAUUCCUCACAAAUCCUGAUGAUGUACAAAAUUCCAUUCUCGAAUGUGCCAAAAUGGUCUGCCAUGGACAACAUACGUACGUCUACAGCCAAGUUCUCAUACAGGUUCUCUCCCAAGAGGUCAAAGGGGGUUUCAACAUGAAGCGACUCUCGCAGGAAAUCACUAAAUACGCCCUUCAAAUAAAUCAAAAUGUGACUCCAAUUACGAUGGCUCUGAAUGGAUCAGCGGGAUAUCCUCAAGCAUGUGAAGCUCUGACAUCAAUGCUAUCGCGAAAUACUCUCAAUCCGGCUGACAUCAAUGUUCUCUAUCGCAAUUAUUCUGCUGUUGAUCCUCCACCAAUUGAUCUCAUUAGAAAUCCCCAAUUUUUGGACUUGCUCGUGGAUUCGCUCUUCAAAGCUGGGGUAAAGAUCAAUCCUGAGCAUAAGUCCAAGUACAUCUUCCUACUGGCAUAUGCAGCUAGUGUAUGUGAGACGCAAACAAAGAAGGGUGGUCAGAUGAAACGCACAAUCAACAAGGAUGAACUGAAAAACACAACUCAAGCCAUUGAGAAAGUUCAUGCAAUCUGCAAUGUCAACAAAGGUUCAACAGAAUUAAUUGCUGAUUUGCAGGUGCUGUACAAUUGCAUCCGAUAUCCGGUGGUUGGAGUUGGUGUUAUUCGUUGGGUUGAGAAUACAGUUACGGAGCCGUCUUAUUUCAAAUUAUCCACGGACAGUUGUCCUCCGCAUUUGGCUCUCCUGGAUGAAGUGGCUACUGUACACAGUUCUCUCCAUCCACAAAUCCUACGUUUAUUGAUUCGUUUAUUUGAGUCCAAGCAGGAUGAACUGGAGAUCCUGGUGCAACUUGAAAUGCGAAAAAUGUUGCUGGAUCGUAUGGUGAACCUCCUGACGCGCGGUUGUGUAGUCCCUGUGGUCAAGUACAUCAAACAGUGCUGCCAAAGGGGUGACACCGAUAUCUCCCUCAUUCGCUAUUUUGUCACUGAAGUAUUGGAAACUAUCACACACCCCUAUUCGCCGGAAUUUGUGCAGCUCUUUCUGCCAAUGGUGGAAAAUGAGGAGAUCACGGGAUCCAUGCGAGGUGAAGGUGAUCAAGAUCCCGUAUCCGAAUUUAUCGUUUACUGCAGACCUGUUGGGCGACAAUGAGACUCUGGAAUGGCAGACAUAUUUUAGAUUGAACUACAAUCCAACGUGGAAACCGCGAACACGAACGUGAUAAGAUAGAGUGGAUUUUAUAAUAAUUAACAAAUUGAAAGAGUGAAGAAAGUGAAACUUUAUGUAUGAGCACAGAAUAAACACGUCACUCAAAGUAA